UGCAAGUCAACAUGGAGCUUGAAGUUACAAGAAAAUAAUAAUAAAUUAUAAAUAAGUCUCUGUUAAACAUGAAAUGUUUGUUUAAUUCUUUUUAUUGUAACUGUAAUAUCUCAUAAUAUAAAAUGUCUUCCAAAAGUGAGUUAAAAAAGUUGUCAGAGGAAAGCUUGACACGACAGCCAGAAGAAGUUUUCGAUAUAAUAUGCAAACUUGGCGAAGGGUCAUAUGGAAGUGUCUAUAAAGCACUUCACAAAGAAUCUGGUCAAGUGUUGGCAAUAAAACAAGUACCUGUAGAUACAGAUCUUCAAGAAAUUAUUAAAGAAAUCUCUAUAAUGCAACAAUGUGACAGUCCGUAUGUUGUUAAAUAUUAUGGCAGUUACUUCAAAAACACGGAUCUGUGGAUCGUUAUGGAAUAUUGUGGUGCCGGAUCUGUGUCUGAUAUUAUGAGAUUACGUAAAAAGACUUUGACUGAAGAUGAAAUUUCCACAAUUUUAUCUGACACUUUAAAAGGCUUGGAAUAUUUGCAUUUGCGAAGGAAAAUUCAUAGGGACAUUAAAGCUGGAAAUAUUUUAUUAAAUUCAGAAGGACAUGCCAAAUUAGCUGACUUUGGCGUAGCAGGACAACUGACGGACACCAUGGCCAAACGAAAUACUGUGAUUGGGACUCCGUUUUGGAUGGCUCCAGAAGUUAUACAGGAGAUUGGUUAUGACUGCGUAGCAGACAUAUGGAGUCUGGGAAUAACUGCCUUAGAAAUGGCUGAAGGAAAGCCACCCUACGGUGACAUCCAUCCUAUGAGGGCCAUUUUUAUGAUACCAACCAAACCUCCACCUUCCUUUAGGGAACCAGAUAAGUGGAGUGCAGAAUUUAUAGACUUUGUUAGUGUCUGCCUUGUCAAAAAUCCAGAGGAACGGGCUACUGCGACUGAUCUUUUGAACCACGUAUUUAUAGGAAAUGCCAAAGUCCCUAAUAUUUUGAACGGUAUGAUUCAAGAAGCUCACGAAAUUAGAGAAAAUCAGAGUUAUAGAAAUGUUAACUCCACUGCCAACGUGCCAGGGUUAAAACAAAAUAUAACGGAGGAAUCGGAUGAUGAAGUAGCAGUAGGAAACCAAACGAUGGUCCAAUGUACAGACGAAGGUACAUUAGUACCUAAUAAAGAUGGUACUUUAGUACCCAUGUCUCCUAGUGGUACACUAGUUGAACUAGAAUCGGAAUUAGGCACGAUGGUUAUAAAUAGCGAAGUAGAUGAACAGACAAUGAAAAGACAUGACACAGGCUCAGCACAAGCAGGUAAAAAGUAUAGACCAAUGUUCUUAGAACAUUUCGAUAAAAAGGAAGCGGACACUAAGCAAGGAAAUGGAGUUACAAGCCCCACUACAAUAGAUGGUACUGAAAUGACGGUUGAAGAACAGCGUUAUCAAAGCCGCUGUCAGCUACAAAUGAAUCAAGCACAGUCUCCACAACAAGCUCAACCUCAAGAACAGAAACCUCAGUUCCAUAGGCCAUUUUCAGAUGGGGAUUUUGAAUUUUUGAAAUGUUUGAGUUACGAGGAAUUACAGCAACGGAUGAAUACUCUAGAUUCAGAUAUGGAGAGAGAGAUAGACGAACUUAGAAGGAGGUAUCAAAUUAAGAGGCAACCCAUUUUAGACGCGAUGGAUACAAAACGUAAAAGGUCACAGAACUUCUAACUUAUCGGAAGUCGCAAUUUUAUGGUGCUCAAAAAGUUUCCAUUUUAUUUAAACUUGCCAUUUUAAUGAUUUUAUGUACAGUGUGUUUCAGCAGAAUAUGACAAACUGAUAAAUAAAAACAAAGUAUUCGAUCUCAAUUGUUGUGUAUUUUAAGGUUCGACGGUUAAAAUGUUCAAUUAUUUAUUUGUCCAAUUGUUCUAGUCACUUAAGAGCUUAUCAAUCAAAAUGAAAACGUAUAACUACGCGAAAACGAAACAUACUAUUUUAGUGACUUUUAUUAUUAAGAUAUUUCCCGAGUAGAGACUGCAAGUUUGAAUUUCUCGAAUAUUCAAGUACUUUGUCGUUAUUUUCUGAAGUACUCUGUAUAGUAAUACUUUUUGGGCAAACUGAAAGGUGUAUUGUAAAGUGUUCCUAAUCUUUUCGUACUUAAAUGGGUUGAUAAUUUUUAAUUUCUUUCUAAGUAUUCUAAUUUCAUUCAUACAAAAAAGUCAUAUCUAACAGUUUAGAGAUGAUAUUGUAUUGUAAAGUGAUAAUCUUUUUUAAUAAUUACAUAGUUUAAAUAUUGAAAUUUAUACGUUUCCUUUGAUUUUAAUAUGAGCUUUUACCCAUGUUAUUUUGUACAGUCAUUUCACUAUAAUUAUAACUUCUAGAUUUAACCUCUGUACGUUAAGUACGCUUGCUGUGCCUUUAGUAGACUAAGUAGUUGUAGAAUUAAGUAGGAGUGUAAUCAAUAUUUUUUGAUGAUCCCAAAUAAAAUUCUCAAUUAAC